AGAAGAGCACUUCAAAAGGCAAGAUUUAAGAGCUAAGAAGCUUUUAUACACUUUGUACAUGAUUUGAACAAUCAACAAUAACAAUAAAGUUGCUGUCACAUAUAAAUGUCUUUGAAAAUUAAAUACAAUUUUCCCUUAAAUCGUUGUUUGUUAUUUAUUUUUUUCUCUUUUUGUAAAGUUUUUUUUUUUUUUUUUUCAAUCAAGAAAACACAUAAAAAGAAUAGAAAAUUUGACAGUGAAAUAGCACCUACAAAAGUUAACAACCUUUUUAAUUAAAGAUCUUUGACCCAAAUUUCUAAAAUAAUGCAGGACAAAUGAUUGUGCAAAUGCCUGAUGUUAUAGAGCAUAAUUCACUCGAAGCUCCUAGUCCUGAAGUGUCUCGGUUGGACAUAAUCAAAGCCGUUGUGUAUGGUGGGCUCGUUCAGUCCAUAACUAUUUUAAGUGUCGUAGUUUCUGCAGCGGGUGGAGAUGCUUCCACAUGUGAGUUUUCUCAUCAAUUCUGCCUAAACUCCUGCUAUGUGUUAGUCAGUUUUACUUAUAUUGGCUUCUGUGAUGUUUUUGGUUUUAUACUAUACUUAAUACAUAAACAUGUGAGUUUUCUCAUCAAUUCUGCCAAAAGAAUGAAGCCUUCAAUCAAUAUACUUAGAGCUCUGAAACAGGAGCAGAACACGGAGCAUUAUGAACAACAACUUGGGAGACCAGGGCACUUUCUGCUCCAUGCAACAAUUGCCAUCAUAUCUUAUCUUGUGUUUGGCCUAAUGUCUCCAAUCAUUUACGGGUUUUCUUUCUACAAGAGCGAUAACAAGUACCUCAAGCUUGCAGCACUUGCAGCUGUUUCUCUCGUCUGCAUCACACUGCUGUCCACAGGGAAGGCAUAUGUCCAAAGGCCUCCAAAGGCAUAUAUGAAGACUGUUUUCUCCUACAUCAGUCUUGGUAUCAUGGUUGCUGGACCAGGAUAUAUAGCAGGUGAUCUAGCAAACAUGCUUCUUAAGAAGUUUGAAGUGUUUGGUUCAUCAUCUUCUGGUAAUAUGUCUGUGAUUGAAGCAAAAGUAGUUAAAGGGGCAUGGUCAUCUUAUUGAUUAGCAUUUGCAUUCAUUUUUUGGUGUUACACCUUCUCAAAUAUUACAGUUGUCGCUGAUAUAUUUUGUAACUCGCGCAACAAUCAACAAUGGCAUUUCUGCCUCUUAACUGUUUAUUAUGCUAUGUUACAAAAUGAAUGUAAAGCAAUUAUAAGUUAUGUUAGCAUUCAUGCUGCGUUACAAUUAAAGGCUCCUUGGUAAAAUUUUCACAGAUUGUUGCAUCAACUUUUUAUCAAUUGAGCCUCAAAGCACAUCACCUUUCUUCAAUCUUCACUGGUUAACCCCCAGCAUCUUUUCAGUGAGAUCAAAAACAUAAACCGGCUCAAAGCCGUCUUCCAUCAUUGGAAAAACCCGUAACCUCCCCUUGAUACCUGCACCAACAUCUUCAUUUGCAAGAAUGCCAUCUCCUUUUCCAAGACAAACCAGAGGUCUAGCUUGAAAAAACAGGAAUGGAUCUUGUUGCAUGAACUUCCACUUCCCUUCCCCCUUCUUUUCUAAAUCCUCCACUUGUAGUCAAUGCUCUAGCCGGUAUGUAGUCUAAUCACAUUAGAAAUUCCCCUCAUAAAAAGAGUCUUAAAAUAAUAAAUAAAUAUAGCCCAAUUAAGGCCCCAUAUAAAUUUCAUUCUUCCCAUCGCAUAAGGGAGGUAUGAUACCCAACUACCCAUUUUCACUUUCAUGCCAUCUGGCAGUACGCCGUCGGUAGUGGCCUCUUUGGUGUCUAAUCCCACUGGUUCGCACAAUGCAGGAUCAGUGUAAUCCAUGAUU